AAAAGACGUAAAUUUCAAAGCAUUUUUUCCAGAUUCAUCUUUGUUUUUUAUUUUAGUCUGUUGAACACUGACGAACUUUGCGUCGCUGAUUGAAUAGCUGUCGAAAUGUCGUCUUCACCAACGCUGGUUUUCGUCCACGGGUCUUGGCAUCAGCCCUCCUGCUACAACAAGAUCACUGAGAUUCUCCAGGGGCGACAUGGUCUGAAAUGUGUCUCACCCGCUCUGCCUUCUACAGCAGGAAACCCAGACGCGACCUUCAAAGAUGAUAUCGACGUCAUUCGUAGAGCUAUACUCCGUGAGGUCAAUGCCGGCACAGACGUAGUCGUCAUCGCCCAUUCGUACGGCGGCAUGGUCGGCAACAGCGCCAUCAAGGGUUUCGCUCGGUCGCGAGAAGAGCCGGCUUCAGCCACCGGUCAUGUUGUCGGUCUCAUACUCAUCGCUUCCGGCUUCACGUUUACAGGGCUCGCCUUCAUGGACCCCUUCCUCGGCCGACCGCCGCCAUCGUGGCGCGUCAACCGCGAGACGGGCUACGCCGAGAUCGUCAUGUCGCCGCGCGAGAUGUUCUACCACGAUCUACCGGCCGACGAGGCCGACUACUGGGUCUCGCAGCUCACGACGCAGAGCCUCAAGUCGCUGUUUGAAGGUGGCGAGUUCGCGUACGCCGGAUGGAUGGAUGUGCCCUCGUUCUACAUCGGCACGAUCGAGGACCGCGGCUUGCCCGUCGCUAUGCAGCGGAUGUCGGUUGGGAUGGCGCGCGGCGUGGGCGCCAGCGUCGAGCACAGGGAACUACAGACGAGCCACUCACCGUUUUUGAGCCGUCCUGAGGAGACAGCUGAGAUCAUAUGGGAGGCCGUUCAGGCGUUCACGGGUCGUCCAGUUGAGCGAGCGCGGACGAAUAUAGAGGAAAACCAUGAAAUAUUGAUACCAAGGGUCCGGCUUCUCCAGCCGCUUACCUGGUAUAGGUUUGGGCUGCCGCUAGCCUUUGGUCAUUUUCUAGGUCGUUGCUAUACAAUAUUCAGAGGCGCGAGGAGGUUGUUCGGAUUCAGGUGAUGUUAUUCUGCUAUUGAAAAUCUGUAACAUAGCGGUCUUGGCUCCUCUCCCUCCUUUCAUUGUCAUAUAGUACACAUACCCCUUAAAAACUGAAGAGACUCCUUAUAUAUAAUAAAUAUC